AUGGCCACCACGGGCUUCCCACCGGACAUCAGCCCAAACGCUCCUCGAACAGAAUAUCCGACUUCUAACCCACUAGAAGAAGAAACAGACGCUGGUGCGCUGAGCCCGCAGACUGAAGUUGAGCCAACACCGGGCAUCAACGGACCUGUUCGGUGGUACGACGCUGACCGGACGCAAUCCUACGCAAAGAUUCAACCGUUUCAAGAGAAAAAUGAUACUUCUGUCGAAUUCGUAUUCAAACCAAUCACGCUCACGAUAUUGUUCUUUGCAAUGUCAAUUCUGGCGUAUAUCGGCAUGUCGACAGACGUGCUCGAGGAAGGGCGCUCGAAACAACGAUUGGGUAUAUAUGCUAUUAUAUCGGGAUUCUUACUAUUUGCCAUGAUUCAAUUCCGAGAUGGACCCUUUAUUCGGCCUCACCCUGCCUUCUGGCGGGUGGUUCUAGCUGUGAACCUGCUCUACGAACUGGCCAUGGUGUUUCUCUUAUUCCAGGAUCUCAACACAGCACGCCAAUACAUGGUACUGCUCGACUCUAAUCUGGGAAAACCGUUACCGGAGAAAAGCUAUGCAGAAGAUUGUUCUUUAAGCAUUGGUACUCUAUGGAACGCAUUGGAUAUAUUUUGUAUUGCCCACACUCUAGGAUGGUUCGGAAAGGCUCUCAUCUUGAGAGACUAUUGGUUCUGCUGGAUCCUUAGUAUUGCAUUCGAAUUCGCAGAGUACUCUCUUCAACAUCAACUGGCAAACUUUGCCGAAUGCUGGUGGGACCAUUGGAUCCUCGAUGUUCUGCUCUGCAAUUGGUUUGGCUUGUUCGUCGGGAUGAAGACAUGCGAGUAUCUCCAGGUCAAGCACUUCUCAUGGCGCAAGAUCAGGCCAUUCUCAUUUGCUCAUACUCGCCGAUUUUCAUUCCGACACAAGCAAUCAGUAUCCAUUGAAGACGAAGAAUUGACACCCAAACCGGCCGAACAAACUCCAGCUCCCCCGGCGUCCUCGUCCAAAACAAAACGUCCUGGUGCGAUUCGUCGAAAUACCAAAAAGGUUCUCAAGCAAUUCUCACCUCACGACUUCACGAGCUUUGAGUGGGGUGGAACAACGUCGUUCACAGCGUACUUUACUGUGGUAUUACUUCUGUCGGUCUUUCUUGCGGCGGAACUCAACCCCUUUUAUCUCAAAUUCCUGCUCUGGAUGGAGCCGUCACAUCCAUUUGUCAUCGCUCGCUUAGUUGGGGUAUUCUUAUGCGGGCUGCCAGCUGUACGUGAACUCUACCAGUACAUGAACGAUUCACGCCGUGCGGUGCGCAUGGGCCAACAUACUUGGCUCUUGCUAGCGACAAUCAUAACCGAGCUCCUCGUCAUUGUCAAGUGGAGCAAGGGAAUGUUCCCAGAGCCAAUGCCAAAGAACAUUAAAAUAUUUUUGAGCACGAUCGCGACGCUGCUAAUCGUGUAUCCAACUGUCAAGUUUGGCGUUCCCGCGUCACGCCGCUAUCUUCUUCGGGGGCAGAGAAAGACUCUCAAGGUUCAAUAG